UGAAAAAAAUGUAGGUUGUAUUUCAAAAUUUUCGCAAGCAAAGAAUCCCACAAACCCACGGAGCUCUAAGAAUCCCACAAGCCAUGGAGCUCUAAAGUUUUUUCUGUUCCGCAGUUUUCUCAGUUCGGUAGCAGCAUAUCGUCUUCCCUACGCUGUCGAUGAUAAAAGAUAUAGUUUCCUCUAUCUCUCUCUGCAUCUCUCUGUGUUCACGAUAUCUGCCGUUUAUCGCCUCUAAAUUUCGGUUUGCUAGGAAUACAACCCAGCAGGUUUUACUUCUUCUAUUAUUCCUUUUGGUCACUAGCAGGUGAGAAAACUAUGAUGAUUGUAUAUACUUAAACCAUGAAACUUCUAUGAUUAUCUAUGUUGCAGUGUUGGUUGAUGUUUUUAUUGAUCCCUGUUCAUUAUGUAAGGCAAAUUUAGACAAUAGUCAAUUUUUUUUUCUAAAUUAUAAAUAAGUAAGUUUGUUCAUUUGUAAAAAAUAGUGUUGAUCUAUUGUUUAUUUAUUUAUUUUGGGUCGGAUGGGAGUGAAGAUAAAGAAUUUUAAUUUAUACAUGGGCUUGUUAUGAGUAUCACCUUUUAGUACAUUCUUGGAUGUUAGUAGCUGGUCAUAAAUUUUUAUUCUAUUUUGAGUCCACCCUUGCACUAGAUUAUUUUUCAUGAAAAUGAUUGAUGUGAAUUCAAUUAAAUUUCAAAAUGAGAGUAAUAAGUUGGAACUUAAUGGACCUCAUCAAUCAUGUACAACAUGUGAUGAUAAAUCAUUUUUUCCUUUUCUUUUUUUUUUUCUAAGAAAAAAAAUUGUUAGCGAUGGUGAAAAAAGAGUCAGGAGAUUCUUGAGCACAUCAAAACAGUAUACUUCUUUAUUUUCAAUUACUCAGGAAAUUUGACUUUCAAGAAGUUGGAAAUUUAUUUGGCCUGGGGGUCCAUCUGCUUUUCACGUAUUCAAGGAUUCUAUGACUUCUAGAUCCCUUGCAUCUUUUCGUCAGAAGCAGACCUUCUGAAGGAGGAAUAACAUAUUGGUCCACAAUCCACAUGGAUCAUAAUACAGAGAACAGUGGGAAGGUUGUGUUCAUUGAUGUGAAUGAUGAUGCUGGCGAGGAUGUUAAUAAUAUUAUAGAUAAUGAAUGUAUCAUGGGACAACAAGGCAGUGGUGAUGCUACACAAAAUGUGCAAAAACAGUGGAGCACUAUUCUUGACAAAGGAAUAGAUCACUUGACAGAUGCAGAAAUAACUAGUUUGAGAUUCAGUUCCCUAGAUGAUGGUGGACAAUUUUAUAACACAUAUGCGAAAUUGGUUGGCUUUAGUAUUCGCAAAGAUAAGAUAAAGCAUAACAAAAAUAACAUUAUGACCUCUAGGAUAUGGUUUUGUGCAAAAGAAGGAUUUCAAACAGCAAGAAAGGAGGAUAACUUAAAUUGCAAGCGAGAGGCAAGACCAAUAACUAGAAUUGGUUGCAAGGCAGCUUUUCGUAUUAGGUUUGAUCAAAGGUCAAAUGAAUGGGUGGUAGGAGAGUUUAAAAAGGAGCAUAAUCACGACCUAGUUGCUCAAUUAGAGACUCAAUUUCUUCAUUCACACAAGCAUAUUAAGGAUUCUGAUAAGGCUUACAUUAUAGCACUGCAUAAUAUUGGGAUCAAAUCAAAUCAAAUCAUGGACAAUUUGAUCCAACAAGCUGGAGGAUAUGAGAAUGUAGGGUUCAUUCCAAAAGACCUAUACAACCAUGUAGUGGCAGAUCGAAAUUCUAAUAUGCGUGAUGGUGAUGCUGAAUGUGCUUUGGCAUAUUUACAAGCUAAGGCAGAUAUGGACUCGUCAUUUUUUUUCCGGUACACUGUUGAUAAAGAAAGCCCUUUGGCCAAUCUGUUUUGGACAAAUUCUCAAAGUCGAUUAGAUUAUGAGUGUUUUGGAGAUGUACUGGCAUCAGCAUCAUCUAGGUAAUAGAAAUGGUUCAGUCUUCACCACACAUGCCUAUGACAAUAUUGUGAAGGAAUUGCAAGAAAAAUUUGAAAAACCAAUAGACAAGCAAAAGGUGAAAAAUCGCGUUAAAACCAUCAAGUAUAAUUGGUCAGAUUACUAUGAUGUGUUUAAGAAUGGAUUGAGUGGUUUUGCUUGGAGUCAAAUCACCAAAAUGUGGAGUGCUAAACCGGAAGUUUGGGAAAGUCUAAUCCAGGUUUGUCACUUAUACUCUAGGAGUUCAUAUUGUUUCUUGUGGUAUAUUUUACAAGCUGCUACGUAGAUGAGGUCCCUUUUGUUCUAAUCUUAUGUUAAGCUUCCUCUUUACCUAUUAUAAAACAAUUGUGAAGGAAGUUUUUGUUAGUGACUAUCCUCUGUCCAAUGCUAGACUCUGUUCUUCAUACUAAGUGUGGACUAGCAUUACAUUAUUGUGAGUUUGUUAUGGUAUUGGCUUAAUGAUGGCAAUGCAUCUGGUUUGGAUAUAGUGACGUAUUAAGUAGAUUCACUAGUGACCCUAGUAUUGGGGAUGGGAAAGAAAUUAAUAUUCUGGGAUAUUUAAAACAUACUAUGCAUUAUGUU